AUGGCGGACGGGCCGCAGCUCACCCGCUCCCAGAGCAUGGAAGGUAACUCUCCCAUGCAAACCGACUGGGUGGCAGUUGCGGACGCCGCUGCGAACAUACCCAACGCGAUGUACGUCUCCAGUGCAGCCACCAACGCCAUGGAUCCGGACAAGACCAAAUCUUUCCGCCUGGACAACAAGCUUUGGCACAUCACCGGCCUUGUGUUUGCCGUGGUUAUCGUCAUACUGCUGUCAUUUUUUGCAGUUAACGUUACUACUCUAACUGAGGAGGUGAGGGAGCUUCGAGCAUGGAAAGCGGAGAUUCAGCUGCGAGUUAUCGAGAUGGAACGCACGUGUGACCUGUCUAGCCAAUCUGGCCGUGCAGGCCCUCUCGGGCCACCCGGACCUCCGGGAGAGAUGGGGCCACCAGGGCCGGCUGGCUCUGUGUCCGUCGGGCCACCAGGGCCUCAGGGGCCGAUGGGACCCGCUGGGCCGCCCGGUCCACCAGGGCCGGGGACGAACGAGUGCUCAAAACCUGGGACAAAUACUCGACCAUCCGUGGAGUGCGAGUCCAAUACAAGGUACAGUGUCAGUGUCAUCAGGGACAGGGAUGACAAUGUCGGUGUGAAUGUCGUUCAGCACCAGGGAUAG